CGCCACUACAAAUAUUCCAUAGGUACUGCGUCAAAGCAAAAGUCGAACGAUGUUUAUUACCAAACAGUAUAUCCUAAGUGUAUGGCUGAUGGCAUUCGUCGUCAUAUUGCUGAUCACUAGCGGCCAAGGAAAAGAUCACAGAUGUCAUCGACCAGUUACAAAAAAUUGUAAUGCUUCAGAGUCGUAUAUCGAAGGCUGGAAAUUUACCGGGUGGUACUAUCACACGGAGCUUAGAGCGUGCCGACCUUUGUAUACGCCGAAUGGAUGGCACACUUGCACGGAAAACUAUGAACUACCUAUAGCCAGACAAAUGUGCGAAGACUUAUGCGCUGAACCAUGCACCAGGACUAACGGUGCGCCGGGCAUUUGCAUGUACAAUGAAAUAUGCAAAAUGUCCUAUAGUGUAAAGCCACCCAUACCCAAUCCAUGUGACAGUAACAGAUUGACUUGUUGUGCUAGAGGACGAGACAAUGAUUUGACAGCAUUCCCUGGGCUUGUGUAUGAAAACGGCCAGAUUGUCUUUAGAGCAAUCCUCAAAAAUUUCUAUGAUCCAGGGUAUGAACAAGAGGGAUUUACUUACAUCUACUUUUUACCGUAUUCUUUAAAUGACGAGAGUAGACGCUUCAAGUAA